CCCCGCUCGGCCCAGCAAGCCACGGGCCCCCCGGGCUCGUUCUCCCCCUUCGCCCAUUGAUGGAGCCCGGAUCUCCCGGGCCUUGCGAAGGGAAAAUGUGGCGGGAGCGGCGGCGCUGCUGCAGGGCCGGUGGGGAUGGGGACGGUGCGGUGUGAGCCGCCGGUAGUGAUGGGCUGGCAGGGCCUCACACGGAACGGGCGGCGGAGGAAACAGUGGGAUUCCACAGCAUCCCUUCUAAUUGGGACGGCGGACAGGCUGCGGCUUGCCUGCUAGCGGGUUAUGAGGGAAAGCAGCUGUGGUGCGGCAGGGGAACCGAGGAAGGGCAGAGUUCGGCGCUGGGAAAGGCAGCCGGGAGUGCUGGGCCGGGGCUCAGCGCGGCUCUCAGGGCCGGCUCGGACGGUGGGACAGCGCUGGGAGCCAGGAGCUGCUGCUCCAACCCUGUGUGUGCUCCAGGGCUGCACAGUGAAGUUUAUUUAGUGCCGACCCUGUGUGUGCUCCAGGGCAGCACAGUGAAGUUUAUUUCGUGCAGGUGCCCAUCACGUAAUGAAAUGAAGCUGUGGAAAAUGUUGUGUUUAGAUUUUAAUUUGUUGCGUUUUUCUUCUUGCGUUUCUGUUCUCAUUAAAAAUAAAUGCAAGGGGAGUGCCAAGAAGUAGAGUUUGCUCUAUUAUGAGGCGGAAUUGUUUCUGUGAAAGGAGGGGUGAUGGUCAUGCUUCUGGAAGAAGUAUUGUCAAGCUUAUUUACCCAGUGGAAAGAGGAUAUGUUCUAGAUGUGUUCUGGCAAUAAUAGCAGUAAUCCAUCAGAAAAGAGCAGACUAUUGCAAACUAAACAACUAAACCAACAAGUGUGCCUGUUUACAUCAUCUGCUGAACAGUCAUUUGGUAGAAUGGCCCAGGAGUUCUAAUACCUGCCCUCCAUAGCUGAAAUAGGAUUUUUCUGAAACAAAUGGUAAUUAAAUGAAAUUUGGGCUGGGUUUGAAACUGUGGCUCUUGAGGUGCCAUUUUAUGGAAGGCAACACUUUAGGGUGUAGUCUGUGUGGUAGGAAUGAUGGAUGGUCUGCUGGGCAAAGCUGGGGCUAGGAAGCAUCAGACUGAUGCUCUUAUCCCUGUCAUUUAUCUUCUGUUAGUCCUCAAGCAGCUGAAGUCAAACCCCAGCUUCCCCUCUAUGAAAUUUACUGUUUUUCUCUGCUUUUCUCAGGGCAGUGAGGAUAAAGUGCAGUGAGAGAUUGCAAGGCACUGGGAUUGUUGUGUGCAUUAAAGACUUAAGUGGGGCUCGGUUGAGUCAUCCUUGUGGUUCAAAUUUGACUUCAGGAGGAUGCUUUGUGGAAGAGAAUGGAUGGGAAGAACGACCAUCUAGUCUGGAAUGAGUGUGGAAGCCUUUAUGAUAAUGCUUUUAUCCUAGCCAAAUUCAACAACAGGUUUUUCCCACCCUCUCUUUAACCAGUGCUGUUUGUAUUUUAUAUUGCAGUGGUUGCUAUGCUCUGUUCUGUGAACAGCCCCUCUAUUAACAGAGCUCCUCCUCCUCCAUCUAGAGGUGGAGUGAGUCUAACAGUACCUGUGCUGCUGCCUGUGUGCCAGGGGUCUUCUCCUGUGUUGUUCCUCCCAAGCUUCUCAUGCUGUUUUCUCUUCUAAAAUAGAAAUGACACAGUGCUGUGGGCAAUGUGUUGCAUGCUGUUGUCUCUCAUGCAUCAAGCAAGAUGAUGAUCCUGAGUCAUUGCUGUAGAGCAAAGCUGUUCCUUACAUGCCCUGAGCUUUCCAGCUGUCCUGAGGAAUCACAUUGUGCAAUCAAUUUAAGCACUGCUGGAGCAGGUUCUUUUCCUGCUUCUUAGUGCUUUUGGAUGGCUCAGAGGGAAGUUUUUAAGCUGUGAGCAGUUGGGGCAGACCAUAGUUCAGAACCAACUGAAAAUGUCUCAGAAUCCUGACAAACUAAAUUCAAGUGAAGAAAAGUUGAGUGCUUUGGAGGAUGAUGAGGAGGAGAGCUUGGACAACUCGGAUCGGUCUGUCCGAAAGAGAAUACGACAGAGUGCUCCAGGGUCACACAGAGAUGAUACACCCAAGUCCAGUCCCUCUCGGCCUGUGUCCAUAGAAGAGCUCAUGGAGACAGCAAAGGGAGUCACCAACAUGGCACUGGCACAUGAAAUUGUGGUGAAUGGAGACUUCCAGAUAAAACCAGCUGAAUUGCCAGAACACAGCUUAGAGAAGAAAGUCAGAGAUAUUGUGCAUAAAGCUUUCUGGGACUGUCUGGAAGCUCAGCUGAAGGAAGACCCCCCAACAUAUGAUCAUGCAAUUAAGUUAUUGGGAGAAAUUAAAGAGAGCCUUCUGUCGUUCUUGUUGCCUGGACAUACUAGACUGAGAAGCCAGAUUACAGAAGUUCUUGACCUGGAUUUGAUAAAACAGGAGGCAGAGAAUGGGGCCCUUGACAUUUCUAAGUUGGUCAAAUUUGUUAUUGGGAUGAUGGGGACUCUCUGUGCUCCAGCUCGAGAUGAAGACAUUAAGAAACUGAAAGAUAUUAAUGAAAUAGUUCCUCUUUUCAGAGCAAUUUUCUCUGUAUUAGACCUAAUGAAAAUGGAUAUGGCAAACUUCGCUGUCAGUAGUAUUAGGCCAAAAUUAAUGCAGCAGUCUGCUGAAUAUGAAAGAAAGAAGUUUCAGGAGUUUCUUGAGAAACAGCCAAAUUCUUUAGACCUUGUCACAAAGUGGUUGCAAGAAGCAGCAGAUGAUCUUGCAAAGCUGGGACAUGAAGUGUUGCCUCCUCACUGUAACGAUGGUGCCACUGGUGGAGCUUCUGCCUUGUGCUUCACUGCUGUACAAAACCAGGCCUAUCUGAAGCUUCUGAAGUGGGAUCACGUGAACAGGCCUUUUCCAGAAACGCUGCUCAUGGACCAAACACGCUUCCUGGAGAUGCAGCUGGAGCUGGAGCAGCUCCUGGUGGUGGGGACAGUGCUGCUGGUCACGUUCAGUGCAGCAGGCCCAGCUCUCAUCGACGUGCCUGGAUUCGCCGACAGAAUCAAAACCAUCGUCAAGGUGCUGCUGACAGGAAUGCAUCUCCCCUCCUUUAACCUGAAGGAGUCCCUGGCCACCGUGGGUGAGAAGGUGUGUGCUGAGGUGAACAGCUGCCUUUCCCAGCAUGGCUUUACCCCGUUCUCAGCUGAGAGAGAGGCUGUGCUGAAAGGGCAGAUCCAGGCAGUGGCCAGCCCUGAUAACUCCAUCUCCAAGCUCAUAGAUUCUCGAAUUCAAAAGUUUCUGGAGAAUUAUCUUGCAUCCAGUCACCAGAAGUCAUUGCCUGCCAUUCCUGGAGGAUUAGGCCCUAUUCAGAGGGAGCUGGAGGAGAUUGCUGCCAAGUACAUUCGUCUUGUCAACUACAACAGAAUGGUCUUCAGCCCUUACUAUGAUGCAGUCCUUGGCAAAAUACUGACUAAGGAAGAAUCUCAAAUUGUAGGGAAGUCAGAAGAAUCAUAAAACCAGUCUGUGUGCUAUCAAUACAGUAUUGUCAGCUAUUAAAUAAAACUUGUACCAAUAUUUGUCUAGGAAAACA